ACCGACGCGGACGAGCGCGAUUUUCCGUGGAGUGGGCCAGCGAGCAGUGGGCGAAAGUACCGGUAUAUAUGCCGCUGAUUGGUACGAUGCAAUCUCAGUGUGCACUUCUGAAGGCUACCAUGAGCACUUCGCAGAUCCUCGUGCUUCUCGCCCUUGUGGCGGCGGUAGCUCUGGCCACCGAGACGAAGAAGAUCGACAGCAAAGAAAAGGCCGUCGACUCAAAGGACGCCAAGAGCAAGCGCGGCCUGGAACUGAGUCUGGGUCAUGGCGGUGGUUUCGGCGGCGGCGGCGGCGGUGGUUUUGGCGGACACGGUUUUGGCGGCUACGGUGGCGGUGACUUCGGAUUUGGAGGACUUGGCGGAGGCGGAGGCGGAGGCGGAGGCGGCGGCGGCGGCGGCGACGGUGGAAGAAUCUCGGGCAUCACGAUCCAUCGCGAAGUUUCGGUGCCGGUUCCCGUGCCCUACACCGUCGAGAAGAAUGUACCCGUGCCCGUACACGUGCCGGUGAAGGUCCCGGUAGACAACCCGAUACCAGUUAAGGUUCCGAAGCCUUACCCGGUUCCGGUGGAGAAAACCGUGCCGUACCCUGUCGAAAAACCAGUCCCGGUACCUUACAAGGUACCCGUUAAAGUGCCCGUCCACGUACCAGUUCCCUAUAGCGUACCCUAUAAAGUACCUUACCCCGUGCAGAAAGAGGUGCCCUAUCCGGUUAAAGUUCCGGUCGUCGUCAAGGAAUCAUACCCGGUUCUGGUGCACGAAGGCGGUCAGGGCGGUGGUUAUGGCGGUGGCGGUUUGGGAGGCGGAUUUGGCGGAGGACACGAGAUCAGCUUUGGGCACCAUUGACGAUAAUCUGACGUCAAUCGAUAUUAAUGAUGAUAUUUUUGUAUAUAAUAAUUGCGUUUCUUUUUUAUACACGCGUGCUGAAUAAAUAUUAAAUUAUUAA